CAAGAACAAUAUGGCAGCCCCUCCAGCACCUCAGCCUCCAAGUCUGCUCGGCUACCACCGGGUUCUCUCGCCCUUGGCCGGAAUCCGCGUCUCCCCGCUCUGCCUGGGCACUAUGCAUUUCGGCGGGCAAUGGACGCGGGCAAUGGGCGAUGUGACCAAAGAAACGGCGUUUGCCCUCCUCGACCGGUUCUACGAAGCCGGCGGGAACUUCAUCGACACGGCGAAUUUCUACCAGGGUGAGGGCAGCGAGAAGUGGCUCGGGGAGUGGGUGGCAUCGCGCGGGAACCGCGACGAGCUCGUCCUCGCGACCAAGUACACGAUGUCCUACAGACUGACAGGGCCCGAGAAGAUCAAGUCUAAUUUCCAGGGCAGCCACUCGAAGAGUCUCCGUCUGUCGGUCGAGGCUAGUCUGGCUAAGCUCCGCACGGACUAUAUCGAUCUGCUGUAUGUGCAUAUGUGGGAUUUCUCUACGAGCGUCGAAGAGGUCAUGCAGUCGCUGCACCAUCUUGUUGCCGCAGGCAAGGUGCUCAAUAUUGGGAUCAGUGAUGCCCCGGCGUGGGUUGUCGCCAAGUGCAAUGAGUACGCACGGUUUCACGGCCUCACUCGCUUCUGUGUCUACCAAGGCCGCUGGGCAUGUUCCUACCGCGACUUUGAGCGCGAGAUCCUUCCUAUGUGCCAGUCUGAAGGGCUUGCGCUCGCACCCUGGGGUGCUCUCGGCCGCGGCCAGUACAAGUCGGCCGAAGAGUUCCAGCAAGAAGGGACGCGGAACAUGGGCCCCCAGGAAGAGAAGCACCGGCUGAUGGGCGCAAAGCUGACCGAGGUUGGGGAGCGCAAAGGCGUGGCCGCGGCUGCGAUUGCGCUCGCAUACCUGCUUCACAAGUCGCCGUACGUUUUCCCGGUGAUCGGGUGCCGGACGGUCGAGCAGCUGGAGGCGAAUAUUACGAGCCUCGGUGUAGAGCUCAGUGAUGAGGAAAUCUACGAGAUUGAAGACACGAUCCCUUUUGAUGUCGGCUUCCCCAUGGCGUUCUUAUUCGAAUCGCCCCAGCAGAAGUACCGUAGUGAUAUGACGACCAGGCAUAUCUGGCAGGUUACCUGCAAUGCCCGGAUCGAGAGUGUGCCUAAGCCGAGACCUAUCGAGCCAAAGCAGGGGUACAAGCAGAUGGAUCGGAAGUAG